AUGCCCAUUGUUAUCAUUGGAGGUGUCACUGCUACUGGGAAAACCAGUACAGCGAAGAAAUUGAAAGAAGUGCUUCACUGGGACUAUGUCGAAGCUGAUGAAUAUCACCCACAAUCAAAUAUUGACAAAAUGCAAGCUGGAAUCGCUCUAACAGAUGAAGAUCGCCUUCCAUGGUUAUUAACUCUCCACAAACAGCUAGAAAAAUAUUCGGCGCUUGGUCAAAGUUGUAUUAUAACAUGUUCGGCUUUGAAGAAAAGCUAUCGGCAGAUUUUACUAUGUGGUAUAACUAAUCCAAGUGUGCAGGCGAAGAUGCCAUGUGAAGAUUUUUAUUUAUUUAUGUUAACAUUACCACGCGAUGUUUUACAUAAGCGUCUGAUUCAAAGACAAUCCGAACAUUUUAUGAAUCCACGUUUGCUAGACUCACAGCUUCAGACGCUUGAAUUACCGGCGAGUCAAGAGGACGAACCUUGUACACAUGUGAUUGAUUGUGAUGGUCUUUCGCUCGAUGAGGUGAUCGAGAAGAUACGGAAAAUCAUCAAACAAUAG